AUGCUGCAGCAAGUGGAGGAGCAGCCGUUGGAAGGCUGCGAAUGUGCGGUUUGCUUCAUCAAACGCCCCUUCAUUCUCCAUCAUCUCCCCUAUAGAGGUGUCUACCACCGUCUUUGCACCGCCUUGAUACUCGACUCCCGCAUGGGUUCCUUCUGUCCUAUUUUCUUUGAUAUCUUCCUCCACAACCCUCCUCCCCCUCACCUCUAUCUCCAAUGCUCAAAAUGCACCUCUGUCUCACACCUCUCUUGCAUCCCUAAUGCUGCUUCCUCCUCCCAAGGUUACUUAUGCCCUCCAUGUUCUAACCCUAAUUUCACUUUCUUCUUUGCUACUCCCAAUCAUGAUAAUGCCAUUGAAAUCAACGUCCAUUUGGCUAAACAAUUAGUUGUUACUGCUACCAUUGUUUCUGAGUCAAUCCAUAAUGUCACCGAUAUAGCCAGGAUUAACGCCGAAAAUAGGGUCAAGGAAGCUCUAUUAGCUAAGGAUGAAGCUGCCGAAUAUUGGGAGAGGAUAAGAUGCAGGAAGCAAGGAAGCGAGACAAAGAUGGUUCGGACAUGUGAGGAGGAGAUGCAUGAAUGGUGUUAG